UUGUUGUGUAAGCAUCAAUUGAGGGGAUAUGAUUUGUUGUGGUCUACAACUUGCAAUGUGAAGUUUCAUCACAUCCCUUCUAGUUUGAUUUUGAAGCGAUGGACAAGGACAGCAAAAACUGGUGGGAAUUUUGGAUUUGCAGUUUCGUCUACUGAGGCUCCGUCAAAGUAUCGGUCUCGCCUGUUUAAUAUUUCAGCUGUUUCUGCUUCGCUUAUCAAUAGGGUUUGUUUGAAUGAUGAUUUGUAUAAAACAACCAUGGAUUUCAUGAGUGAUUUGAUCAAGAAGUGUGAAGCUUUACCAACUGUUGAAACAGCUGGUACGGGUGGAUCGACCAACUGUGAGAGUGAUGUUCCAGUUCGAAAUGUGAAGGGGUUUAAGCCUAAGAAGGAUUCAUUUAAGCCUUCGAAACGACCUAUUACAGAAGCUGAGAUUGGAAGGGCGGCUAGUAGGAAGAAGAAAAAGACUAGCAGAUUGGAAGAGGAGAAAUUGAAGGCUGUGGAAGAAAGUUUGAAGUUGAAGUUGUGAUAGUUGUUUGAAGGCUGUGGAGUUUUAUUAGCUGUUGAAGGAUGUUGAUUUUUAUGUGUUUCUUGC